AUGUUCCCGUUUUCUCUACUUCCAAGAGAUAGUAUGUGGGAAAAUUCUUUUAGAACUGACACAAAGUCAAAUAUAUCUUCGCCUUUUCGCCAAUUUACUCUCCCAGCGGAUGGUUCAUUGAAGUUCGGCGAGAUUACUUUCGCCAAGGUUUACGAAGAAAACAAAACUGGCACGGGGACUUCCAAUCACCUGGCCGUGGCUCAGCAUAUCUAUGCCGAUACCUGGGCAUUGUGUAAACUGGAUAAAGGUACUAGAAUGAGAGACAUUCGUAGUAUCAAUGAGACCAGAUCAAUGGCAGUUCCACCAGAUGUCACUCCAGCUUAUAAUAGUCUGAGUGAGCAGGAAUCUCUACCCCAUCAAGAGUUUAACAUUUCAGAUCUACUAGUCAAUCCCACGUGGACGGAUUACUGUCAGAACCAUAUCGACUCGAUUAUGAGUAUAGAUAUGUCUGUUCCUACUGUUGACACGAAACAGCAAUUCGAGUCCUUGAACGAAAAUAUCAGGCCAGAAUCCUACUUGACAGAAAAAUACUACGAAAUACUCUACAGCACAAAUAUCCCUGUGGUAUAUUUUGCAAAGUCGACACUAUCAAAAAUUAGAUCAAUUUGCGCAAUGCGGACAGCAGAGGAAGGGGCUGGGUUUACUCCUAGAAGUGAAAGCGGCGCCAUUAUUAAUAACGGUGCUAGUUCGGACAUUGUUAAAAUCCUUGCAAAUAAAAUAGUUCAAAUCACAGAGCUCGAUGAGAAAUAUGAGCAAGUUGGAUCAUCUGCAGAACUGAAUAAUUUUGUUGAAGAUGAAUCAAUCCAUUUUAACCGAUGGAUGGCAAAAGUAAAGAAAGACUGUUCCUCUAAUGCUAGUCUAAUUCAGGAGCAAAUUUCUCAGUUAAAGAUUCGUGAAAUCCAGCUGCAGAUUAUCAUAUUACUGGAAAUACUAGCACAUAAUGGGGGACAGAGUGUAAUACUCAAUGUCCCAUCAGAGUCAGCAAAUACAACUGCUGCUGUUGAACCUUCUCCAAGUCCCCCACCAUCUAAUCCCACAAUUGCACCUCGCAAGAGCAUCGUCAGAAAGAAGAAGAAGCCAUUGCAGAAUAAGUCGAAUACUGCUGGUAUAGUAGUCGUGGCCUCACCAAGCGUGCCAUCGGCUGUGGUGUCUACUACUACUCUUAAUACUGUCCCUCAACCUUCUUCUUCAACUAGCAAUUCAAUUUCACCUGACAUUUUAGUCGACAUCUUGUUUGACAGACUUUGUAUAAACGAGGCAAUUUCUGGCCAAUUAAUCGAGACACAAGACAAGACUCAUCGUAAACCAGACAAGGUACAAGAGUUUUGCCUGGAAAUAAUUCUUCCUUUUUUUGCAUCGCGAUUACCAGACAAAACAAAGCAGAUGCUGAAGAAAGCGCGAGGUUUGAGUGCCAAAUCUUCGAAAAAGUCCAGAAAAGAGCAGCAGCGUGAGGUUUCUCCAUUUACGUCAUCUUCAGUCCCUCCAGAACCUGCGCCAGUAAGGCUAGCAAGAUCGAUGUCAUUCCCGGAUCGCAGCUCCCCUCUUAUAGUAGCAGAUGAUCCUAGUCGAGACCAGGAGAAUAUUCUUCCCGUAGGAGCUCCUGUUCCUGUCGAUGCUCACAAGACACAUUCUAGAGGCGGAUUCCUAUCAACAAAAAACCAACAAAAACGACAGGUCGAGAUGACCUUUUCUCUCAAAAAGCAGCAACGAGAAUCUAUCGUUGCAAGCGAAUUGGCAUCAGCAAUCAAAAAUAUUUCCAAGCCUAAUAGGAUUUCUGUCUCAGAGGAGCUUGCCAUGUCAAGACCCAACAUUUCCCGCAAAGCUAUUAAAACCACUCGUAGACAUACAUACGGCCCGAAGGCUACCAGUAGACAAGCAGAAUCUGUACUUGAAGUAGCUGGUUAUGGAGUUCUGGCUACUCCUGCCAAAAAGAGAACAAUCAACUUGCCCGAAUUUCAAGAUCCAACUGCUGAAGCCAUGAUCAUGGCUACCCCGCUAAAGCGUCAACGUACUUUUGACGAUUCAAUCACCUCGUCACCGUUGUUCAUUACGUCCACCCCUGCAUCAAACAGACGACUUAAUUUUGAAGCUGUGUCGCCAAAUGUGAUACUAGCUACCCCCAGUAAACCUAAACGUCCGCAGAUGCCCUCUUUAAUUGGGUUUGAUGAUACAAACGAUGAUAAGAUGCAUGUUGAUUAG